AUGAACCACAAAGGCAAAAAAGUCACCAGAGAUCCGUUCCACAAGCUCUCCAAGAAUCAAGUCUGGCUUGCAGACGCGAAGAAGAACAGGACCUUGGCGGACGACUCAAAUUACAAGUCCGAGACUGCUGAAAAGAAGCGCAAGCUCGUCAGCAUGAAAACCAGCAGGCCGGCAACACCGCAGGAAGAGUCUUACUGGAAGGCGGCAUGGGCGAAUGGAAGAUCCUGCUUCUGGCCGAUUAUGGCUGCCUAA